AUGCCCGCUCCUCUCGCCAAAGGCAUUAUCGUCACGGUCUCUGUCCUCGUAGCAGCUGGCGUGGCUGUUUACCAGUCACCCCAAUUCCAGCAAUGGGUAACCACCUCCCGACGUAAAAUCGCCCUGGCCCUGCACAACCUCGGCGAUGAGGUUCAACCACGCGAUUCAGCCUCCCCAGGGCGGGAGGACAUAUCCAUGACCGAAGAAAUCGGAGAAGCUGCGGAAGAGCGCAGGCGUAUCGCCAAAGCGGAGAUCAGGCGCCGAGCCGCUCUACUGGAAUCGCGGCGGAAAAGCAGGACUUCCACGCACAGCCAGGGAAGCUUUGAUACCCUCGUGGACGUGGAUGGCAACCUCCGCACAUCAACAGACGAGAUCAGCGAAGGACCCUCUGGUCCUGCUGCUCACUCUACUGCCGUCGACACAGGCGCUGUGCAGCCGGUGCGUCGAGGCGCGACGGAUGACCAUGUCGCAAGCCCUCGUGGCGAGCGUCCGGAACUUCACAUCGACAUCCUUUCCGAGACAACAUCCAACCACCCGUCAGAGGCGAUCCUGCAAUUCACACCUACCUCGGAAGUACCCUCGGAACUGCUGUUUGAUCCGUUCGCCGACUCUCCCACUCGAUCGCAAACACCCGUGUCUGCUGCGGCCCGCAGCGAGUCCAGCCACACCGAGGCUGACGACCAGAUCUACUAUGCUCGUCCAGGCUCUUCCCCGGAGAGUAAUCAGCCGCAGGAUCUUCUUACCGACCUGGAAGAUAUCCGGCCCAAUAAUCAGCUCCAACAACCUGUCUCGUCGGCAUCAUCCAUCGCCGGUAGCUACAGUCACAUCAAUGCAUCAAACGACGCAUCUUCCGACGGAACUUUGAGCGAUUUGGGUGACCAGCUCGGAGAUGGCGUUGCAACUCCCGCCAGCUGGUCUGAAGUUGGGAGUAUAGUAAGUAACGACGAUGCUGGCCAUCAUUCGCUUCUGUAA